GAAGAGCAAAAGAAAUGUUGGCAGAAUUGAAGAAUAUUGCAAAUUUUGUAUUCAUUUUAUAGGAAGUUGUGAAAAAAUAUUGUAAUUAUAUCGAAAAGACCCACGAAAUAUUGGAUGCUGAUUUUAUGAAAUUUUUUCCUACAAUCAAGUAAACAUUUUUGUCUACACGGUGAAUCACUAAAAACAAAAACAAAAAACCAAGAAACGAAUAACAAUAUUUCUAUCAGCUGAUGACAGCAUAAUCUGUGGUCCAACUGAUUAAUCAGCUAGCACAACACUUCUGAACAGCUACACCCUACCGUGGCCCGAUCAUAUUAUCUCCGACACGCUGCUCCAUAGCUGAGUGCGCAAGUGCUGUUCAAAAAAAUCCAAUGUACUCUCUUAGCAUCGCUCACAAAUCAUACUUUUAAUGGUCACAGUUCGACGCCAAAGCAAAUUGAACUGAAGCAACAGUAUUCAAGAGUCGCUCGUCGCUGUUGAUUCACAAUUAAUAUUGAGUGCAAGUGGGUGGGAUUUUUUCUUCGCAAUCUUUGUUGUAUACGCGAGAAAUGAGAAAGUUAUCUGCUGCUACUACUACUUAACGGAGAACUCUAUGCGGUAAAGAGCAAUGUGCUGACGCGUGGCUUGAAACGGAAUAUAUAAUAACAAUUUUAAAGUGUCAAAAAAGAAGAAACAUUAAAAAAAGCAAUAACAUAAUUUAAUUCAAAGCUGGCACUGUAAAUUUCUUUGGUCAUCAACACAGCCAGACAGUGUAUGAUUUUAUGUAUAAGCAUGUGUAUGCUAUAGCACAUAGUGGCGUAAAUUAAUAAAGGGACAGGAAAUUGUAUUCCGGACAAAAAACAAAAAGAAGGAAAUAAAAGCAAAAAGUGAAAAGAAAACCAAAACACCCCCGCCUGAGACUCCAACACCACCAUUACUACUACCACCACUAAAGUAUGACAACAUCGGCAUUUAAAAGUAAGCGUAAUAACGCAGCACCCAACGAUGCGGAAGCUGAUGGUCACAUAUCUAACAAUGUGCACGCUACAGACACAAUGGAAAAAACAGAUUCUGAGGAAGAUACAUGGUCAUCAACCGGUUAUAAUUACAUAAAUCCAUUUGUACAUCGUUUACAGAUUGAUAAUAGCAUUGAUUUGGCGAAGAUUUAUAUGCUAACAGUACUCUUGAUGCCAAUUCGGGUAGUUGGCUGCGUAAUCUCACUACUUUCCGCUUGGAUGUUCGCCUGCAUUGGCCUUUAUGGACUGACACUCGAUGAUUUAAAGACGAGACCGAUAAGCGGAUGGCGUAGACAGUUCCAACGUAUCACCUCCGGUGCUAUGCGUACGCUUUUCGCAGCUGGUACCUUCCAUCAUGUCAAGUUGACUGGCCAGCGUGCGUCACCGAAAGAAGCACCCAUUAUGGUGGUGGCACCGCACUCAUCGUAUGUUGAUUCGAUUAUUGUUGUAACAACGGGACCGCCAUCUAUUGUGGCUAAGCGCGAAACAUCCGAUAUACCUCUAUUGGGCAAAAUAAUUAAUUUUGCGCAACCAAUUUAUGUGCAACGUGAAGAUCCAAAUUCACGUCAAAACACAAUACGUGAAAUUGUGGAUCGUGCACGCUCCGAAGACGAAUGGCCACAAGUUGUUAUCUUCGCCGAGGGCACGUGCACCAAUCGUAAGGCGUUGAUUAAAUUUAAGCCUGGCGCUUUCUAUCCUGGUGUACCCGUACAGCCAGUACUGUUGAAGUACCCAAAUAAAUAUGAUUCAUUCACAUGGACGUGGGAUGGACCUGGCGUUCUUAAAUUACUUUGGAUGACCAUGGCUCAAUUGUACAGCCGUUGCGAAAUAGAAUUUCUUCCUGUUUACACGCCGUCUGAAGAGGAAAUAGCCGAUGCAAAUUUAUAUGCGAAUAACGUACGCGAAGUUAUGGCCAAAGCACUCGGUGUGCCAACCUCGGAGUAUUCUUAUGAAGAUGUAAUUACAAUGAGUCGUGCCAAAGAUAUGCGUGUACCCUUCCCUGGUGAUAUUGUGGAAAUUGAGAGAAUGCUUUACAGUUUGGGCUUCCUGCCGGACUCCGCACGUGACACGGAAAUAAUUGCUGACUUCCUUAGCUUAAAAAAUACCGAUCAUUUAGACAUAUUUACGUUUGCCGAAUUACUGCAAAUCGAUUCAAAAAAUCCACAAUUACAUCAGCUUUUUGCACUACUAGAUCAUUAUCACAGAUACACCGUUAAUUUGAAGAGUUUCCUGAUAUGCUCACAAUUUUGUAAAUUAAAGAAUGAAGAAAUUAUCGAAUUUCUGCGUGCUAUUACCAAUCUCUACUGUGAGUCAUCACAACAUAUAACCCGACAAAAUUUCACCCGCAUAUUGAGGCACUCGGGCAAAUUGACGCCGGAUAAGUGUGACGCAUUAUACUUUGCUGUCGAUAGAACGAAUAGAGGCUAUAUAACGUUUGAGGACUUUGAGCACUAUACCAAGGAUCAUCCACAAUACAAAUUUCUUUAUGCGAAACAGGAACACUUAAGAAGAACACAAGCGGGUGGUAAAGUAAAGAAAACACAUUAAGAAAGAGUGUUGGAAGUAAUUAAAAUAAAAGAAAAAUAAAAAAAGAUAAAAAUUUAAAAAAGAAGCAAACGCUUGUGUGUGUGGAUGUGCACGUACGUUGUGUGUUGAGUAUUGCAACUACUUGGAGCUAAGUAAAGUAUUAAAAUAUGUUUUUUUCGCUUAUACAAGAAUGUGUAUUGAUUUGUAACAAUUUUCAUUAUAUUCAAGCGAAAAAAUCUCUGACAAAAGCAGAAAAACAAACAAAGUAAAACUAAGAAACAAAGUAAAGAGUAAAACAAUUUCUUUACUUGUGACGCCAAAAAAGAAAUAUUUAUAUAUAAUAUUAUGAAUAAGACGCAAAAAUGUAAAUUUAAUAUUUAAUAAAUUUGCAAAAAGUUGUUUUUGAAAGUAAACAAAAUUAAAAUGCCCAAAGAAAUGUAAUGAGCAUAAAGUUAAGCAAGUAUAUAAUCUUUUUUAAGUCAGCAAAAGUCACACACAUACCAAGAACUAGUGUUAAUACUACAUACAACACACACUCAGCAAUCUGAAACUAUGAGUAACAAUGCCAUAUUUAUUUGGCUCAAUAUACUUUAAUUAUCAUUAGUUUUUGCUAUUAUUUAAUUAUUUUCUUUAAUUUUUUUUUAAUUUAAAUUUUUUUUUUUUGAAAUAUUUCUUCUCAAUAAUUUUGACUCUUUGUAGAAAUAGUAUAUUUGAAUUCAAUAUACUUGACCGACAGUUAUAUGCAUGUAAGAUGACAAACCAGAAAAAAAAACAAAGUGAAAUAUAUACGUUAAACAUUUACUAAUUUUCUUUAAUGCCAAUUUAUUUAUGAUACAAAUAUGUAUAUUGACUAAAUUAAAAGUUUAUGCGAUUAAUAUAAAUUUUGUAGGCGUCAUGUGUAGUUGGCCAAAUUUAUUAUGUAGUAGAAAUAAAAAAAUAUUAUUAAUAUAUAUGUUUGUAUGCAUAUGGUUAUUGAGAACCAGUUAUUACAUAAAUAUUUAUUAUAUACAUAGUAUGUAGCUGCAUAUAUAGGCAAAUACCUGAAGUAUACAUUCAAACACUUAAUAUUAAAUAUAUUAUAUACAUCAUGUAUGUAUGUAUGUUUGCAUAUAAGUAUGUAGUUGCUGCACAUCGCCUGCAUUUUGAUUAAAUUUAUGAUAUUAUGAAUUGCUGAUCUCUCCUUAAUGCAUUCACAUGAUGAAAGAAAGAGAAGAUUAUAAGAAAAGAUAUAUAUAUAUAUAUAUAUAUAUAUAUAUAUAUAAUAUGUAUGUAAGUUUUUUUUUUUUUGAACUCAACAACACAAUUUAUGAGUUUCAGUGUUCCUCUCAUACAUAUACUAUACACACACAACCAAACAAACAGACAAAUAUUCAUAUAUAUUAAAUCAUAAUUUUGAGCAGCAAGCGUACUUAUGUUCCAAGUUCAUAGUUUUUAAUAAAUAAUACUAUACAAGCUUGGCCAAAUUAACGUGCAUAUGUAUAUAUGUACAAACACGUUGGCUUCUUUAAAGCAAUUUUGCAUAAUUUUAAAUUUCAGUACGCCAAUUUUUAUUUAUUUUAUU